AUGUCUCAAUCUGUAAACGUUUGCAAUUCUAAUGUUGAUGCCAUGCCGGUAGAUGUACUCUACCAUCUGGGUAUUUCUACUGAUACCAUGGAUUUCAAAAAGGCUUUUGGUGAUGUUAAAUUUGUUGUCUUGGGUGGAAGUCACAAGCGUAUGCAGAAAAUUGCUGAAAUUCUUCUAAAAGAAUUUAAAUAUGAUCUUCCUGUUGGUACUGGUCUUUCCAAUAUUUCUUGCACAACUGAUCGAUAUGUCAUGUACAAAGUCGGUCCCAUUAUUUCCGUUUCGCAUGGUAUGGGUGUUCCUUCCAUCUCUAUCUGUCUUCAUGAGAUGGCGAAAUUGCUUCACCAUGCUGGUGCUACCGAUGUUCGCUUCGUUCGCGUGGGAACCUGUGGUGGCAUUGGUCUCGAUCCCGGAUCGGUUGUUAUCACCACUAGCUGCAUGGAUUGUGCUUUCAAUGACUUCUUCCAACUGAAAGUGAUGGGCAAAGUUGUCCAACGUCCAGCUGAACUAGAUGAGGAAUUUGUACGCGGUCUCGUUGAAACCGCCGAGCAAAUGCAACUCGAUUUCACUGUUGCUCCUGGCAAGACCAUGUGUGCUGAUGAUUUCUAUGAAGAACAAGGCCGUUUGGAUGGUGCUAUCUGUGAUUACACUGAAGCUGAGAAGAUGGCAUUCCUGAAAAAGGCUUACGAUCUCGGUGUGCGCAACUUGGAGAUGGAGUCUCUUGGUUUUGCCGCUUUCUGUCAACGCCUAAACAUCAAGGCUGCUGUUAUCUGCGCUACUAUGGUGAAUCGUCUGGAAUCAGAUCAACUCUCCACUCCCGUUGAUACGAUGCACAUGUGGCAGGAAAGACCCCUUCAAAUCCUUAUAGCCUACAUGAAGAAGGAACUCGGCAUGUCCGAGUAA